AUGUACACCGAAUUAAAAAGAGCAAGAAAGAAUUUCAUCAACAACGACAAUAUCCCACGAGACCGUUUGAUUGUUGAAACCGUUGAUAGUUUUAUUGAAACAUUAAGUGUUGGUAUUGAAAAGUACGGUAUUAUCAACCACCCAGAGUUCGGCAAAGUAUACGCUUAUGAAGUCGAUGGUUAUGGAAGUGCUACUUUCAUGGAUGAUGCAAACAUUCCUUCAUUGUUGUCCAUUCCUGAUUUGGGGUACAAGCCAGUGGACGACGAAGUUUAUCAGAAUACCAGAAAGAUGAUCCUAUCCAAAGAAGGCAACCCAUACUACUUGAAAGGUUACUAUUUCGAAGGUAUCGGCGGCCCCCACAUUGGUAUUAAAAAUGCCUGGCCAAUGUCGCUAUUGAUGAGAAUCCGUACUACCGACGACGACGAGGAAAUCAUGAACAGUUUGGAAUUGGUAAUGCAAACAACAGGCCAACUAGGGUUGAUGCACGAAUCUAUAAACGUCAAUUCAAGAAACGGAAAAGACUACACCAGACCUUGGUUUGCAUGGUGUAAUUCUGAGUUUGGGAAAACAAUCCUACAUUUAGCCAAACAUAAACCACACUUGAUUUUCAAAAAAGAGUUUCACAAACCUUACGAAAUUGAUACACUUUUUUCUUUGUAA